AUGGCCAUUUAUGAUACACCAGCUGUAAUAGAGACGAUACAAAAUGUGACUGGCUACAAGAAAAUUGCCGCAAUUGGCUACUCACAAGGAUCUAAUAUUUUCUUUAUUCUAUUUUCACUUUUGCCAAAAUAUGCCUCAAUUAUUAAACCUUUCAUCUCUUGGGCUCCACCUGCCAUCAUUGGAAACAUGACUUCUUCUGCCCGACUUUUGGUUCCUUUAUAUCCCAUUUUGCAGAAAGAAAAAGGAAAGUUUUCUUUUUCUGACAUACGUGUCAGGUCAAUCAUAAGCCCUACUUGCGGUCUCUCUGAAACGCUGUGUGCAGAAGCGCUUUUAUCGUUUUUUGGAGAAUCAGACAAAAUGAAUCUUUCUCGACUUGAAGUAUAUCUUAAUUUCUUUCCAUCGCCAAUCUCAAAUACAGACCUUUCGCAUUUUGCACAACUUUAUGAAAGAAAAAAUUUCUAUAGAUUUGAUUAUCAUGAUGAAGAACAAAAUUUAAAAGCUUACAAUAAGAAAGAAGCACCUUUGUAUCCACUUGAAAAUAUCCCCAAAAAAACUAAAAUUUAUACUAUUCACGGCAACACUGAUGCGUUAGUUACUAAUAGUGAUGCUACAAAAUUCAUCAAAAAGCUUCGAUCAAUUGGACUCAAAGUGAACGACUACAAAGUGCCCAGUGAGAAAUUUAACCAUUUUGACUUUAUGGUAGGAGAGAAUGCUGGAAAACUGGUUUACGAUAAAACUAUACAAAUUCUCGAUAAAUUUUACAAUAAAAAAUCAUAA